UAAUCCAAUUCGAAAAAAAAAUUAUUGGUUUAACGGUAAUGGGUUAUUAGUUUAGCGGUUAUGAUAAAAAGAGAAAAUAUUUAUUUAUCGAAGAGAAAUUAAUAUUGUAAAUCAUUAAAGAUGGUAAAUAAAUAAGAUCAGUUAUCUCUUAUUUAUCGCAUCUCCUACCAAACUAUCCCUAAACAUCAAUGGUUCACUGCAGAUAUUACAUAAAUCUCUUCUUUUCAGUGUAUAUAUACUACACGUACUAAAAACAAGAAAGAAGAUAUUUAUUUCCACAAACCACUAACAAAAUUAUUUGUCAUAACGACAUGAUCAAAGCAAACCAACGAUAAAACCAAAGUGAAAAAAGAAGAUAGUACAAAAAUAGAGAAAAAAAAGAAACAUUCAACUUUGUAUAUAACUUAACUAAAUUCCAAUUUCUUUUAUGUUUUACCCGUCCCAUUUUUUUUUGUCCAUUUCUCAAUUUCUCCAUCCCCUGUAUUUAUAAAAGAGAAGGGGAAAAAUAAGUGUCUCUUCAGAAAACAAAAAAAAAAUAAAAAAAAUGGCAAAGUUUAAGCGGACAGACACCAACAGAAGCUUAGAAACUUUGUUGGACUUGGACAAAUCUGCACAGUUGAAGAAGAUAAAUGGUAAAAAUUUGUCGAAGCAGCCAACGCGCAAGCUAAUUCCAGGACAUGGUCUUGAGUUUACUAAUCUGUCAUAUAGUGUUACCAAGAAAGUGAAAAAAGAUGGUGUUUGGAUCAACAGAGAAGCUUAUCUUCUUAAUGAUAUAUCAGGACAAGCUUUGCGAGGCGAAAUCAUGGCCAUCAUGGGGCCUAGUGGUGCUGGAAAGUCUACUUUUCUUGAUGCCAUUGCUGGACGAAUUGCUCGUGGUAGUCUUGAAGGAAGUGUUAGAAUUGAAGGCAAACCAGUGACCACAAGUUAUAUGAAGAUGAUAUCUUCCUAUGUAAUGCAAGAUGAUCAGCUCUUUCCUAUGUUGACAGUUCACGAGACGUUCAUGUUUGCAGCUGAAGUCAGGCUUCCACCAUCAAUAUCUAGAGCAGAGAAGAAGAAAAGAGUUCAUGAACUUCUCGAGCAAUUAGGCUUAACGAGUGCAACACACACGUACAUAGGAGAUGAAGGAAGAAGAGGAGUGUCAGGGGGAGAACGUCGGAGAGUGUCAAUAGGGAUUGACAUAAUCCAUAAGCCAUCUCUGCUGUUUCUCGAUGAGCCUACAUCUGGUCUUGAUUCUACAAGUGCUCAUAGUGUUGUUGAAAAAGUGAAAGACAUAGCUAAAAGUGGUAGUAUAGUACUCAUGACCAUCCAUCAGCCUUCUUUCAGAAUCCAAAUGCUCCUCGAUCGCAUCACAGUCCUUGCAAGGGGAAGGCUUGUAUAUUUGGGAAGUCCUACAGGAGUAGCAGCUUUUCUAGCUGGUUUUGCAAGACCAGUUCCAGAUGGCGAAAAUAGCUUAGAGUACCUGUUAGAUGUGAUCAAAGAGUAUGAUGAAUCAACUGUUGGACUUGAUCCUCUUGUCUUGUAUCAAAGGGAUGGCAUCAAACCUGAUCAAGCAGCUAAAACCCCUCUCCGAAAACCACCAAAAACACCAAGAGCUCCUCGAACUCCUUAUGCAAAGUCACCCUGGACCAAACAUAUUAGCCUCCGAAGCUCUCAUUUUUCUGUUGGAAACAUGAAUUCCCAACGAGAUCCCAAGGAUCAGUCUGAAUCUAAUGUUAAUAGUUUCGGUUAUGAUGAUGAGGAUGAUGAUGAGGAUUUUGAUAACUCAUUGGAACGUAAGGUUCCUCAAACGCCUAUGAGUAUGCAGAGUGGGAUUCAUCCACGUUUGGCUUCACAUUUCUACAAAGAUUUCUCCGUUUGGCUAUACAAUGGCGUUAAAGGGACUCCUCUUCGUCCACCAACAUGGAACCAUGGAGGACGAACACAAAUUUCUGGUGCAAAAUCGAGCAUGUCUUCAGGUCAUCCAUUCCCAAUGUCUCAACAAACACCUUCACGUGUUAAAACUCCGGUAGUAUCAGCAAUUUUCACUCCGGUUCGAGAAGGAAUAGAGUACUCAUCCUAUAAUCCAUCAUACGAAGAAGUAUUUGAAAUCGAAGAAGUACUCGAUGAACCAGUUCACAGGCACAAAUUCGCAAAUCCCUGGCUUAGAGAAGUUAUAGUCCUCUGUUGGCGUACCACAUUGAAUGUAAUUCGUACUCCUGAACUCUUCCUAUCUCGUGAAAUCGUCUUAACAGUCAUGGGACUAGUCCUUUCUUCUUUCUUCCGAAGACUAAAUCAUUUCGACUUCACAACAAUCAACCACCUCCUCAACUUCUACAUCUUCACAAUUUGCCUAGUCUUUUUCUCCUCGAACGAUGCAGUCCCAACGUUCAUCCAAGAACGAUUCAUCUUCAUUCGCGAGACAUCUCACAACGCUUAUAGAUCAUCUUCUUAUGUCAUUUCCUCCCUCAUAGUAUACCUCCCCUUUUUCGCGAUCCAAGCCUUCACAUUCGCUGCCAUAACCCAAUACAUUCUUAGAAUCAACAGCAGCAUUUUAAGCUUCUGGAUAAUCCUCUAUUCCUCACUCAUAACUAGCAAUGCUUAUGUGAUGUUAGUAAGUGCACUAGUCCCAAGUUACAUCACGGGGUACGCGAUCGUUAUAUCUACAACAGCUCUAUUCUUCCUAACAUGUGGAUUUUUCUUGAAGAGGACUCAAAUUCCUUUGGUUUGGAGAUGGUUACAUUACAUAUCAGCAAUCAAAUAUCCAUUUGAAGCAUUGUUGAUUAAUGAAUUUAAAGGGACAAAAAAUUGUUACAAUGGUGACCUAGCUGAUCUUUCACCUGGUCCUUUAGGUGACGUGAAGAUUAGUCAAUUGCAUAAGGAUUCAAUUGAUUUAUCACAAAAUUGCACAUUGAUUGGAGAAGAUGUUUUGUUCUCUAUGGACAUAUCAAAGGAGAAUAUUUGGUUGGAUAUUGCCAUCUUGUUGGCUUGGGGAGUUCUUUAUCGUCUUUUCUUUUAUGUUGUUCUUAGAUUUUACUCAAAGAAUGAAAGAAAAUGAUGUAUGUUCUUUGAUUAAAAGUUUGGUUAACAAUCAAACAUUUGUAUUAUAAAUAUUUUUUUCACCUUCAAACACAAGAGUUUUGUAUGAAUUCAUGACUCAUUGCUUAAAGGGUGCAAUAAUCAUGAUAAAUUCCAUUUUGGGUGUAAACAAUGCAAUGAAAAAGUUAUGCUACUCUGCAUAUGUUUUAUUUUA